GAGCGCGUUUACGUUGUCAUUAAGUGCCUGUACGCAUGCUCACAAGUGACGAUUUCGGGCGCUUCCUUCCCUUCUAGAAGGAGCGUGGUGAAGAUGGCGGCGCAGAAGUCUGUACCGAGUGAUCUAUUUAAAUGUGUAUAUUCAUUUCUGCUGGAAAACAAGUUCACCAAGGCGGCUGAGCAGUUCCUGAAGCAGACUAAAGUCAAUCCACAGGAUCAAAAUGAAGAAAGCCUCGUCAACAUCUACAACUUCUGGGUGAAGUCUCCUGAAGCCAAGAAACGAAAAGCAACUGUUAAUGCUGAAGCUACCAACGGUCCAUCAGCCAAGAAAGCAAAAACCAGUCCAGAAAGCUCCAGCAGUGAAGAGUCAAGCAGUGAGGAUGAAGAAGCUCCUGCAAAACCAGCUACGGCAGCUCCAGCAGCCAAAGCAGUGCCUGCUAAAGCAGCAGCUGCUAAAGCUGCAUCCAGCAGCAGUGAAGACUCAAGUGACUCUGAAGAGGAGAAGGCUCCUCCAAAGGCUGCUGUAAAGGCUCCUGUGAAGCAACCUCCUGCUACUGCAGCAGGCAGCACAAGGAAAAAGGACAGCAGCUCUAGCAGUGAAGAGUCUGACUCUGAGGAUGAACAGCCUGCCAAAGCUGCUGCACCAAAACCCAAAGCCGGUGCAGCCACUACGCCCAAAGCAGCUGCUCCUGCCAAGGGUGCAGCUCAGAAGAAGCAGGAGAGCAGCAGCAGUGAAGACAGCUCCUCAGAUUCUGAAGAUGAAAAAUCAGCCAAGGCUCCAGUCAAACCUGCCCCUGUAAAGAAGGCAGCAGCUCCAACUCCUGCUGCUGAAUCAAGCAGCGAAGAGUCCUCAUCUGAAGACGAGGCUCCUCCCAGCAAAAAACCCAAAGCAGGAGCGUACAGUGCAGUUCCACCUCCUGCUUCAAUCCAGAAAGCUCCUGCUGCACCAGCAGCCAGCAAGGCCAAGGAGAGCGACUCUUCAGACAGCAGUGAUGAGAGCAGUGAUGAGGAUGAGAAGAAGAAAGCAGCUGCCAAACCUACACCUGUAAAAGUGACUAAUGCCAAACCUGCUGUGUCUAAACCCGCUGCAAAGAAGCAGGAGUCCAGCUCUGAGAGCUCCGAUUCAAGCUCAGAUGAAGAGGAGGCCAAGAAGCCUGCAGCCAAGGUCACCCCAGCUAAGGCUGCACCAGCAAAGGCUGCCCCAGUCAAACCUGCUCCAGCUAAGGCUGCCGCUGCUAAAGAAGAAGACUCAGAUGAAGACUCAUCAAGUUCAGAGGAAGAAGAAGAGGUGAAGAAACCUGCAGCAAAAGUGACGCCUGCUAAACCCACGCCUGCCAAGACUACCCCAGCUAAGAAGGACGAGUCCUCAAGCUCAGACUCGGACAGUAGCUCUGAAGACGAGGCUCCAGCAAAACCUUCCACUAAAACUGCAGCUCCACCACCAGCUGCUGCUUCUAAAGCCCCAGCCAAGGCAGCAGAAACCAGCUCUGAUUCAGACGACUCGUCCGAGGAUGAGGAGGAACCAGUGAAAGCCAAGCCAGCAGCUAAAACCACUACCCCAGCUUCAAAGCCUGCUACCCCUGUUGUAAAAGCUCCUGCAGCAGUAGAGAGCAGCUCAGACUCUGAUUCUUCCUCUGAAGAUGAAGAGCCAGCUAAGGCCAAGGCAACAGCAGCUAAACCUGCCUCAAAGCCGGCUACUCCUGCAGCUAAGGCUGCUGCUGCUGCAGAAAGCAGCUCGGAAUCUGACUCCUCUGAGGAUGAAGAAGAGCCAGUUAAAGCCAAGCCAGCAGCAGGCAAACCCAAGCCAGCAGCAGGCAAACCAGCUACCCCAGCUUCAAAGCCUGCGACUCCUGCAGCGAAGCCGGCUGCAGCUGAAAGCAGCUCAGAGUCCGAUUCCUCGUCCGAAGACGAAGAACCUGUCAAGGCUAAACCUGCUGCGGUUAAAGCAGCUACCCCAGCCUCAAAGCCUGCAAAACCUGCAACUAAGCCUGCUGCAGCAGAGAGCAGCUCUGAGUCCUCUUCUGAGGAUGAGGAAGAACCAGUGAAAGCCAAGCCGGCAGCAGCAGCUAAACCAGCUACUCCUGCUUCAAAGCCUGCUUCAGGUGCAGCAGCAGAAAGCAGCUCUGACAGUGACAGUUCAGACUCUGAGGAUGAACCAACCAAACCUGCAGUCAAGAAACAAGCCCCUGCAGCAGCCAAGAAACCUGCAGCUGCUAGCGCCACAAAGGCUCCUGCAGCUUCAACAAAGAAAGCUGAGGAGAGCAGCUCUGACUCUUCAGAUAGCUCUGAUUCAGAGACGGAGACCGCCCCUGCUAAGCCUGCUGUCGCCAACGGCAAGGCAGCAACCCCCAAGAAGACCACUGCAGCAGCAAAGGUUGCAGCAAAGCCGGCAGAGUCGUCAUCCAGCGACAGCAGCUCUGAAGAGGAGGAAGAGGCCAGUAAGAGUACUCCAAAACCUCCUGCAUCAGCCAAGACAACCCCAGCAGCUAAACCUAAAGAGAGCAGUAGCAGCUCCUCAGACAGCUCAUCAGAUGAGGAGGAAGCACCGCGCAAAGCAGCCACUGCACCCACCACCCCCACAACAAAUAGUACCAAUGGAAAGAGAAAAAAGGAUGAAGAAUCAUCAGAAAGCGAAGAGGAAGAGACGGAAGUAAAGACACCAAAAAAUAAGAAAGCAACAACGACACCACAGACUUUCCCAAAAGCCAGUAAGAAGUCUUCCAACAUACCCUUUCGCAGAAUAGUUGAGGAACAAGUAGAUGUGGAUCCCCGUCUUGCAGACAACUCUUUUGACGCCAAGCUUGGAGCGAAUGGGGACUGGGGCCAGAAAGCUAACGACGUGCUCAGGUUCACAAAAGGCAAAUCAUUCCGCCAUGAAAAGACGAAGAAGAAGAGAGGAAGCUACCGUGGUGGAGCCAUCUCCACAACAGUCAACUCGAUCAAGUUUGACAGUGACUGAGUGACCUUCUCAGUCUGGUCCCUCCCACUCGAACUAUACCGUACCCGUGUGGUCAAGAAUAUCAGUUGUCAGCCCCCACCCUCCUGUAAACAGUCUCUGAGACAGAAGAAUGGAUCCAUAGAGCUGAGCUGGCACUUUCAUUUAGCGUGCUGUUAGUCUGCAAUGAAGACUGAUCUGAAGAAACAGUUUAGCGGAGCUGUAGCAGCUGGUAAAAUAUGUUCCCAGCUGUCACAUCAGGCCGUAGUGAUUGACAUCCAUGUGACAUUAUUACUUAUAGCCACUAGGUGGCUGCAGGCCAUCAGCUAAUGCUAAAAAGCCAGUGUGUGUGAUGGGCCCUUUUGCUCGUUUUGACUUAAUUCUCAGAUGAUGAUGUGAUGUCCUGUCAUUAUUUUGUAACAUUAAUUUUCGUUUAUCUAUGUAUAACUGACAGCCAUCCAUCAUAACAGGUUCUUUAUGUGAAAGAAGACGCUAUUGAUUUUUAAUGGAUCACAUGGAUGCUUAUUCGUUUUGUCCACUCUUCUUUGACCACAUUUAAAUGUAAUAAGGGUGUUUGGGCUUUUCUCUUAACAUUACAAGAAAACACUGUUAAACAGAGCAGAGUUUUGUACUGUGUAUUUAUUAUGUUUAUUCCAUUUCAACGUUUAGGACCUAAGGAGCCUUUUCUGUAUUAUUUUCAAUGAAUGUUGCUUUUAAAUCAUUGUUUCUUUUGAUGUUAGGGUGCCCUCAUCAUCGGUGGUAUUGACUUUAUUAUUCACAAACAUAACUGAGAGCCAUGUUUGUUUCAGUGAUUUGAUUUUACUGUAUUGAUUUCUGUGUACCACUGUCAUUUUUUUUAUUCUAGCAAAUAAAAUACUUAACAGUUUAAAUGUUGA